CCCCCCCUCUGCCCCUAUGAGGUACUGUAGAUAUGUACCCUGUAAUCCGUAUAGAUAAGUGAUACUGAUCCUGAUGAACCUUGAUCGUUACAUUGAAUGCAUCAACCUAUGUAACUUAGAAGUUAGCGGAUGAUAGGAUAGGCUAAUUGGAACUUCGAAGUCUGGAGACCUCAAGGUUCACGGAUUCAUCUAUUUAAUAGCUUCGGCUUAUGCUCACAAAUACUUACUCAAUAUACCUUAUCCAUCAUAUUUCUUAUGUAUGUGUAUUCUCACAGGCGACGACUAGGCUUCUAAGGAUUUUUCUGGCAAGAUGGAUCAACAGUUCGACGACGAUUUUGUCUUCGUUACCCACGAGGACGCCGACCUCGCUCAGUCCAAGCUGUGCUAUCUUGGCGAGAUUAGCGAAUUCAUCGACAGCAUUGCAGAUGACUUGUGGCCAGUCAACAAGAAGAUACAUGAUAACCCAGAGCUUGGCUAUGAAGAAUUCAUUGCUCAUGAGACACUGACAAAAUUCAUGGCCAGUAGGCCAGGAUGGAAGGUGACGCCAUCUGCAUAUGGUUUAGCUACAGCUUGGGUUGCUGUGUUUGAUAGCGGGAAGAAGGGCCCAGUUGUAUCCUUCAACGUUGAAAUGGACGCGUUGGAUGGCAUUGGACAUGCGUGUGGUCACAACCUCAUUGCUACCGCAUCUGUAGCAGGUGGAUUGGCGACAGCUAAAAUAAUGGAGGAACAUCAAUUGAGUGGGAAAGUCGUCGUGUUCGGAACCCCCGCGGAAGAAGGAGGUGGCGGCAAGAUCAAGUUGUUGAAAGCCGGGGCUUAUCGAGAUUACAAGGUCGAUAUCAAUUUGAUAUCUCAUCCUGGCAUUACCAAAGACACUGCCCUGAUGCGGACAUCUGCGUAUACCGCAUUCAAGGUCGAAUACUUCGGCCGCGAGGCUCACGCAGCAGCAAGUCCCUGGCUGGGCAUCAACGCUCUUGACGCGUUGAUCACAUCUUACAAUGCAUUAUCCGUCCUCCGUCAGCAAACAAUGCCUGGUGAUGUCAUCCAGGGGAAUAUUACGGAUGGUGGGGUGCGGCCGAAUGUGAUCCAUGCAUAUACGGCCGGUAAUUUCGUAACCCGCGCAAACACACAGGGGAGGGUGAAAGAACUGAAGCAGAAGGUUGAUGCCUGCUUUGAAGCUGGAGCGACAGCAACGGGUGCCAGGCUUCAGAUGACUCAUGUGCAGUCUUACGCCGACCACGUCCCUAACCGGGUGCUAGGUGCUUCCUAUCGAAAGUAUUUCAAUGCACUUUCGCCUCCGCAGCCCAUUCCGGGGAACGACAGCGUGGAUGAGGCCGAAGGCCGAACAAUGGCUAGUACAGACCAAGGCGAUAUAAGUUACGCUAUGCCUAGCUUGAAUGCAGGGUUUGCGAUUCCACCGGGACCGGGAGGGAACGGACCUCAUAAUCCGGAAUUCGCCAAGGCAGCCGGAACAAGGGUUGCAUUUGAGCGAUGUCUGCGUGUAGGUAAGGCGCUCGCAGGUACUGCUGUGGACGUCUUGACGCAGGAUGGUCUCCUAGAAGAAGUAAAGAAGGCGUGGAAAAGAGAGAUCAAAGGAAAUUAACAUUAUAAAGUUGUGGUACAACAUGUUUUCAACUUACACACCCUUCGCGAUCUUAGGUUUUAAGGGGGAGUUAACUAGAAUAUCUCUUGAAAGUACACUCUCAAUUAUUACCUAAGAGCGAACAUGCAAGGAACUCUUUUUUCGGGGCUAGUUCUCUAUAUAGUAUAGGUAUAUGUAUAGGUACCUAAUAUAGAUAUUGAUACUAUUAACAGCGGGUACCAUCGCUUAUACUUCUAGUCGUCAUUUUAGUUGACUGACAGGG